CUUCAUAGUGCCAUUGAAGUGAGUCAUCCAGGGGGGCUUGUGGUAACGAAGGACAAAAAGACCGGAGUUGUUCCAGAGAGAACAGUAGACAGUUGUAAUAAAGUGCGGUAAAAGGAAACUAUCCAGUAGAGUAGGCUUGACUGGAAAGAAAAUUUAAUCUUGAGUCACACGCGGCACAGGUCAUUUCGCCUCUGGAUUGACUGCGAAAGUAGGUGUCCUAGUACUACUGACAUUUGUUAUAGAAAGUCGCUUCGACUAACGCACCUGAAGUCCGCCGUAGUUUUUUUUACCUGGAGCUGCAACUCAAGGAACAAAGUUAUACAUCAAGUGGUUGCCUGCUAUUGAUAUCAAGGAAUCUAAUAUUUAUUUUGUGUGGAGACGAGGUUUAAUCCUAUUUAGCAAGCAAAGCUAAUUUCAUUUUACACUGAAUUUGCACUUUGUGGUUGCAAACAUCUGGAUAUUGAAGUGAACGAGCACUGGUAUCGAGUCAUUCUCAACACGCAAGGAUUUCACCUUUGUGCUGUUCUCUUUAAGGAUCAUUAGAGCUUCGGACCUUAUAUCAUCUACUGAAAACGAUCUCUUUCCUGGAUCAUGUACCAGGACUACUCGGGGAACUACGACACGUCGUCCCGCGGCAGCAGCACUUCACCGGCACAGCCAGAGUCGUUCACAAGCGGCAGCAGCACGAUUGGCAGUCCGAUCUCUACCUCCAGCUACCAGAAGUACAGGGUCGACAUGCCCGGCUCCAGCAGUGCCUUCAUACCCACCAUAAACGCCAUCACAACCAGCCAGGACCUGCAGUGGAUGGUGCAGCCCACCGUCAUCACCUCCAUGUCCAACCCCUACUCCCGCUCGCACCCGUACGGCCACCAUCUCACCAACGGCCCGGGGCUCUUGGGACACAACACGCUGGCACGCCCCGGCGUCAUCCGCUCGAUUGGAGAUGCCCGUGGACGCCGCAAGAGAGAUGAGCAGGCUUUGUAUUUUUCUCAGCUAACCCCAGAGGAGGAGGAGAAGAGGCGUGUGCGACGUGAGAGGAACAAGCUGGCCGCCGCUAAAUGCCGCAACCGCAGACGAGAGCUGACAGAUAUGCUACAAGGGGAGACUGAAAAGCUCGAGGAAGAGAAAGCGGACCUCCAGAAGGAGAUCGAGACCCUGCAGAAGGAGAAGGACAAGCUGGAGUUCAUGCUGGUGGCCCACAACCCUGUGUGCAAGCUGCCCACCGAGGACCGCCACCAGGUGUUGAACCACCACCAGCACCACCACCAGCACCACCACCAGCACCAGCAGCAACAGCACCAGCAGUGCGCCCCCCUUCCCCUGACCAUGCGCUCCCUCAACCUGGGCCCCCGUGGGCCCCUCAACCCCGUGGUGGUGAAGCAGGAACCCGAGGAGGACGACGACUCGGAGGACGGCAAGCCCCAGCGCUCCGUCAUCAAGCCCAUUUGCUUAGGGGGCGGAGUCAUGAGCCUCGGCGGCGGGAUGUACUGCUCGGACGGCGACAGCCUCAACACGCCGGUGGUGGCGGCGUCCACCCCGGCGUCCACGACGCCCAACGCGCCCAGCCUCAUCUUCACCUACCCCAACAUGCUGGAGCCCGAGAGCCCCUCGCCGUCCUCCGAGUCGUGCUCCAAGGCCCACCGGCGCAGCAGCAGCAGCGGGGACCAGUCCUCCGACUCGCUCAACUCGCCCACCCUGCUGGCUCUCUGAGUGGGCCAUCGUUUUGAGGGAAGGACAACCUCCGCUUCCCUUUGUCGACCCGGUAGACUUAAGAGCACACUCCCCCACCGAACGACCCCCGAAAGACCGCCCGACAGACCGCAGGCCGUUGUUGCUCCACUCUGUGGACUGGGAUAGAACUCGCCAAGGGCUACUGACGCUUCGCUGGGGGUUCCCUACCCUUCGUAUGUUCCCAAGGUGUGUACCGUGCCGGUCUUGUGUUGUUCCUCCCCCAUUUCAAGUCGAGCUCGUCCAUUUGUUUAGCGAUGGAAGAGACCGAGGCGGGAGCGAGAGGGGCGACGGCCGACCACCCCAUCUGUUUUUUCGAAUCGCGGCGCUAAAAGCCACGUGACGCCAAUUGCACUCUGCAAAGAUCAAUCACUAAGCAACCGUCGCUACUGCUAUCGUCAAAAAGAAGUCUGUGUGUCCUGGCUUCCCUCUGUUCUGGUGGAGGGAUGGAGACCCAGACCGUGACUACGAGCAAACCCGCCAUUUUUUGCUGACGAAAUGGAUCACUUUGUUUCCAUCUCUGAUCUGUAUUUAUUCCUAUUGUUGUAGUUUUUUUUUUUGUCCCCCCCCCCUUCCUCCUCGCAUUCUGACGCUGUCCCCUUCUUAAACUGCCUGUAGAGCAGCAAUCGGUUUGCAAGGUGAGCCAUGGAACCUCACUGUCUCAAAGGAAUCAAGCCAAUUCUAAUUUGUCAGUUGGGUUCUCUACACCCUUAGACCGUUGAUGACCGUAGUAUUAAUGUACUUCUCCUCAGUUGUAUACCUGAACUGUGUUCCGCACAGAAUUUUGUAAAACAAAGGUCAGGGAAUUCUUUGUUGUCUUGAUGGCGUCCCCUCAUUUGAAUGACCAUUACAGGAAGUGAUUCACAAUGGCCUAUAGACUACAGGAGAGAUAGCCAAACAACACAUCUGUUCACUGCUGAAAUGUGGUUGUCUUAGGAAAUAUGCCAACACACAAAAAGUUGAACUGAACAUCGCAGGACUAUGCCCUUAAACUAAUUUGACAGAUGUAUAAAGUCAUACAUGAAUUAAUUGUUUCUUUUCUUCUUGUCACCCUUUUGACAAAGCAAGAGUUUAGUCUACAUCAGGAUACUGGAUAUUCAUUGAAAACAAGACAGGUUUUGUGGAGUGAAACCCCCAAAAUGCUUUUUUGUACAUAUGUUUUCAUUUAAAUAAUAAAUAUUUUUUUGUGGA